AUGGUGGAGAGGAAAAAAGUCGCCAUCAUAGGCACAGGAUGCUCCGGAUUGGGUGCUGCCUGGGCAUUGAGAGAUAGCGACUACGACGUUCACCUUUUCGAAAAGUCCGACGAACUAGGCGGUCAUACGAGCACCAAGCUAUGGCAACAUGGCGAGAAAGAAGUGCCAGUCGACACUGGCUUCAUUGUCUUGAACAAAGCCACGUAUCCAAACUUCAUACGUUUUCUCAAGGAAGUCGGCGUGGAGACUGUGGAGACGGAGAUGACUUUUGGUGUUUCACGCGAUCAUGGUGCUUUCGAAUGGUCAGGUGAAGGGCGCGGCAUAUUCGCACAGCGGCGCAACAUAUUCCGGCCGCGACACUGGAGGAUGAUCUUCGACAUCAUCAGAUUCAAUCAAUUUGCUCUGGACUUACUCGCCGAUGAGGAUGCAAGUGGUCUCGAGCGACUGGGUUCUUCUCCCGAGCAUAGAAAGCGUUCUGCUGAUAUCAGCAUCGGCGAAUAUCUCGAUCGCGAAGGAUACUCACAGGGCUUCCGAGAUGACUACCUUAUUCCAAUGACCGCGGCUGUAUGGAGCACAUCGCCAGACAAAGCAAGUCUAGAGUUUCCUGCGCGGACACUGAUCCGAUUCAUGUGGAACCACCACUUGCUUUCCACACUAGCAGAGCGACCGCCGUGGCUUACGAUCCCAGGUGGCUCGAAACGAUACAUCGAUGCAAUUGUCAGCCAGUACCCGAGAGGAAAACUACAUGUUCACACCUCUUGCGAAGUGGCGAAUGUGCUCCGCCAAAGCAAACACGGCGAGGGCAAGGUGACGGUGUCCUGGAUCAACUCUGCAUCUGGUCGGAUAGAAGGCGACACAUUCGAUCAUGCGAUUCUUGCCUGUCAUGGAGAUGAAUCUUUUGUCAAGGCCAGCUCGAGCGCUCAAAAUGUCACAGAAGAGGAGUACGACAUAUUCUCUGCCUUCCAGACGACGGAGAAUAUUUGCUAUCUUCAUUCAGAUCUAGCUCAAAUGCCAAAGCGACGCAAGGUCUGGACGAGCUGGAACUAUCUAAUUUCCUCGACACCUUCAAAACUCGCUUCUCCAGCAGGCGUAAGCCUGACAUACUGCAUGAACAUCUUGCAGCAUCUGUCAGAAGAGAUCUACGGACCAAUCCUAGUGACAAUGAAUCCUGAUCGAGAGCCGAAUCCCGCACUCACUCAAGGAAAAUACGUGCGCAGACAUCCUCUUUACACAGUGGAGUCUGUGCAGGCACAAAAAGAUCUGGAAAAGGUGCAGAACGUGCGAGGUGUGAGUUAUUGUGGUGCGUGGACGAAAUAUGGAUUCCACGAAGACGGCUUUAGCAGCGGCAUUCGAGUUGCGGCGGAGCAUUUGGGCGCAAAGCUUCCCUUUGAGUUUGUUGACUCGACAUUCAGCAGAGGUCAUAGACCUGAUCUCUGCUACAAGGACUACUUGCUGAGAGUCGUUCUGCUAGUUUCGCUGUUCUACAUUCGAAUUCUGGAGAUCGUGUUGAGACUACCCUUCGUCUCGCCAUUCGUGGCGAUUGUCAGUCUGAUUGUGGGAUCUACUCUUGAUUUGAGCGAGCGUGCAGGACUGUUGUAG